AAGCAAGCAAGGAAGGGAGGGAAGGUGGUGGGUGUAUGUGGUAGUCCGGAUGGUUGCAUAUUGUUGUUGGGAAGCAGAAAGAAUACACAUUUCUAGGAUAGAUAGGCGGGUGGAAGAAGGAGAGUGGAAACGGGAAAGAAUAUGGCGAACGAGGACUUAUUACUGCAAAUUCGACACGAUGAAAGGAUACCAAAAAAGCCCAAAGGCAAACAAACAAGCAAACAAGCAAGCACGCACGCACGCAAGCAAGCAAGCAAUGUCUGUCGGUGGUCAAUCAGGCUCGCGCGCACGCAACGCUACGCACGCUCGGCGCAUCAAGAGGAAGACGAAAGAAACGAGAAAACGGUAGAAAAAAAAAGAAGAAAAAGGAAGAAAAACACUCUCACACGCCAACAACAACAAGAGAGCAAACAGAUCACGGACAGUCCUGGCUAUUAUUCUCCGGACCGCGGGUUUGGGCAGGGAUCCCGCCGCCAGGACGAGUACAGAAAGAGAGAGAAAGAGAAAGCAGCCAAGUAUCUAAAUCAUCUACCUAUUCUUAUUUCCAUAUUUCCUUUCAUUGAUUUUUGAUUUUGUUUCUUCUUUCCCCUCUCCCACCCCAUCAUCAUCAUCCGCUUUCUCGCCGCUUCUUUCGCCGUGGAUGAAUAUGGUUUUUUUUUUUUUUU